AUUCUCGCACGCUGCAGCUUCCCGGUCAGACGAAUUUCUCCAAAUCGGAUGAAGUUCACCCUAGGCCUGGGGUCGCGGGCGUGGAGAGUGUUCUGGGAGCGGGCGGCAGCGGCGGCGGCAGGCCCUGCGGCGGGCGGCUGCGCUCUCGGAGGCGGCGCACUGCGCUGCUCCAGCCCGCGGCCGGGCCGCCGCGGCUCUCGGCUUGCGCUCGCCCUCCCUCUAUGCCUCUCCGGCGGUGGCGGCGCCCGAGCUCUCCCGGACUGCGCCGGGCCCAGCCCCCGCCGUUCCGGCGCCAGGCAACUGGCUGGCCCGCGCGCUAUGGAGCAGACGUACGGCGAAGUGAACCAGCUGGGCGGUGUGUUCGUCAACGGCCGCCCCCUGCCCAACGCCAUCCGCUUGCGUAUUGUAGAGUUAGCACAGCUGGGCAUCCGACCGUGUGACAUCAGUCGGCAGCUCCGAGUCUCCCAUGGCUGCGUGAGCAAGAUCCUGGCGCGCUACAACGAGACCGGCUCCAUACUGCCUGGGGCCAUCGGGGGCAGCAAACCCCGCGUCACCACUCCCAACGUGGUCAAGCACAUUCGGGACUACAAACAGGGAGACCCUGGCAUCUUUGCCUGGGAGAUCCGAGAUCGGCUGCUGGCCGACGGCGUCUGCGAUAAGUACAAUGUGCCCUCGGUGAGCUCCAUCAGCCGCAUCCUGCGCAACAAGAUUGGCAGCUUGGCGCAACCGGGGCCGUAUGAGGCAAGUAAGCAGCCGCCACCCCAGCCUGCGCUGCCUUACAAUCACAUCUACCAGUAUCCCUACCCCAGCCCCGUGACGCCAACGGGCACCAAGAUGGGCAGCCACCCUGGAGUCCCGGGCUCGGCGGGCCACGUCAGCAUCCCGCGUUCAUGGCCCUCGGCACAUUCGGUCAGCAACAUCCUGGGGAUCCGGACGUUUAUGGAGCAAACAGGGGCCUUGGCCGGGAGCGAAGGCACCGCCUACUCUCCCAAGAUGGAAGACUGGGCUGGCGUGAACCGCACCGCCUUCCCCACCACCCCAGCGGUGAAUGGGCUGGAGAAACCUGCUUUGGAGGCUGACAUUAAAUACACUCAGUCAGCUUCAGGCCUCUCUGCAGUGAGCGGUUUUCUCCCUGCCUGCGCCUACCCAGCUUCCAACCAGCAUGGCGUGUACAGCGCGCCUGGUGGCGGCUACCUAGCCCCGGGCCCGCCCUGGCCACCCACACAGGGACCCCCGCUGGCACCUCCCGGGGCAGGCGUUGCAGUGCACGGUGGGGAGCUAGCAGCAGCAAUGACCUUCAAGCAUCCCAGUCGAGAAGUGGCCGAUCGGAAGCCACCAAGCCCUGGCGGCAAGGCCCCCGACGCCCUUAGCAGCUUACAUGGACUGCCCAUCCCGGCCUCGACCUCCUAGGGGCAGCUGUCCCCGAGCCCGAGCCCGG